AUGUUCAACCCAAAUGAUCUUCAGUUUCACUUAAAUAACGCACUGCAAAGGAUACAACAGCUCGAAAGCGCCAGUAUUUCUCCUAUAAACAAUCAGUCAUCGACAAAUUCAAGUGGAAAUAGUGGUUUGACGUUAACGGAAGAACUGCGAAGAAGUUUUCCCAGCUUAGCAAAUCUGCGACCUAACCAUACUUCAAGUUCUACUUUAAGUUGUUCAACAAAUCCAACAACAAGCUCGACACAAAUGCCGUUGACUCGCGCUUCAACGUCAAAUUUUGGUGCCAACAAGAAAAAACGAAAGCGUGGAUCGACACCUAAAUUGAACAUAAAGCCAAAAGCAGCCCACAAAGAUUUGGUGUUGGUCCCUGACACAGUACAAACCUCAGUCCCGACUCAUUCAUCUCGGGUUAUGUUGGAAAGUGAUGGUUACGUUCUUCAUAGCUUUCCUUUUGUAAGAGAUUGGGAUGACAUCCAUUUAAAAAAGGAAAUAGAAAAAGUCUUUCCGCAGAUCCAGUGUUGUGGUGAUGAGUACAUGAAG